CCAAGCAUCCAUUUUUCACAAGAUACAAAUAAUUCCCUUGUCAGUCGGUUCUGACUUCAUGCACUGACUGGAAGGCAGAAUGAACCAGGUUGAUUAAUCUCACAGAAAUCCCUUCAGUUGCCUCCACAUUUUGCCUUGCUAGAAGGCUAGAGACUUAUUUCUUCUCCUCUUCAUCCUCUUUCUUUUCAAAAAGAUAGCUCAUGGUCUGCGAUGUUGUGCAGUCCAGCCCUGGUUCCCAACAAGACUCACCCAUGCUUGCUCAGGGAACCAUUAUUUUCCCCUGUCCUACAAAUUCUGUAACAGAACAAUGUAUUUGCUUUGUAGGAUUUGCUAGAGCUUCUCAUUAAGACGGACAGAACUCGGCAGAAGACCAAAGGGUUCCUUCCAAUCUCUCAGAGGCUUCCUGAGAGCAGAGAUGGAUGAGCGAAAUUCAGCUGGCCCUGGAACAGGAAGAGGCCAUGCCAUCCAAACUGGGAGCAGUGGGAGAUUCUGGGAAAACCCAGUGCUAAAGAUCCUGGGUGAGGAGGACACCCUCCGCUCAGAGGUGCAGAGUCAGAAGUUGAGGCAGUUCUGCUGCCAGGAGGCCAAAGGACCCCGAGAGGUUUGUAGCCGAAUCUACCACUUUUGCCACCAGUGGCUGAAGCCAGAAAGGCACACGAAAGCUGAGAUGCUGGACCUGGUGAUCUUGGAGCAGUUCCUGGCUGUCCUUCCCCUGGAGAUGGAGAGCUGGGUGAGGGAAUGCGGAGCAGAGACCAGUUCCCAGGUGGUGGCCCUGGCUGAAGGUUUCCUCCUGAGUCAGGCAGAGGAGAGAAAGCAGGGAAAGGAUCAUUUUGCAGAAAUGGACCUGGAUUCCUGUGAGGCAGAGAGGCCUCCGUUGGACACCAGAGAGAGGCCGCUGGGUGACAGAAUGAUGCCUGCAAGACCUCCUGAUCCGUCUUUUCAUGGGGGCAGAAGGGAAGCAGCGGCUGUGGAACCAGAUCAGGGUUCAGUGUGUUUUGAAUUUGUUUCUGUUCGUUUCACGGACGAGGAGUGGGCGUUGCUGGAUCCUGACCAGAGAGCUCUGUAUGAGGAGGUCAUGGAGGAGAUUCGUGGGAUCGUGGCCUCUCUUGAUUGUGAUGAAUUGGAAAUCGAGAACAAAGGUGACCAUGACAAAAUCCUCAGAGAGGAGAAGCCAGGUAAAAAAUUGGAGUGUGGAGAAAGCUGCAGUCAGCGCUCCCAUUCCACUUCCCAUCAACAAAAUCUCAUCAGAAAGAAACUCUAUCAGUGCAUGGAAUGUGGAAAGAGCUUCAGUCAGAGCUCCAAUCUCACUUUCCAUCAGAGAAUUCAUACAGGGGAGAAACCCUAUCAGUGUGUGGAAUGUGGAAAGAGUUUCAGUCAGAGCUCCCAUCUCACUAACCACCAAAGAAUUCAUACAGGGGAGAAACCAUAUCAGUGUGUGGCAUGUGGAAAGAGCUUCAGUAAUAACUACUCUCUCACUUCCCAUCAAAGAAUUCAUACAGGGGAGAAACCCUAUCAGUGUGUGGAAUGUGGAAAGAGCUUCAGUCAGAGCUCCCAUCUCACUAACCACCAAAGAAUUCAUACAGGGGAGAAACCAUAUCAGUGUGUGGAAUGUGGAAAGAGCUUCAGUAAUAACUACUCUCUCACUUCCCAUCAAAGAAUUCAUGCAGGGAAGAAACCCUAUCAGUGUGUGGAAUGCGGAAAGAGCUUCAGUCAGAGCUCCAAUCUCACUAACCACCAAAGAAUUCAUACAGGGGAGAAACCCUAUCAGUGUGUGGAAUGUGGAAAGAGCUUCAGUAGGAACUCCUCUCUCACUUCCCAUCAAAUAAUUCAUACAGGAGAGAAACCCCAUCAGUGUGUGGAAUGUGGAAAGAGCUUCAGUAGGAACUCCUCUCUCAAUUCCCAUCAAAUAAUUCAUACAGGGGAGAAACCCUAUCAGUGUGUGGAAUGUGGAAAGGGCUUCAGUCACAACCACAGUCUCACUUCCCAUCAAAGAAUUCAUACAGGGGAGAAACCAUAUCAGUGCGUGGCAUGUGGAAAGAGCUUCAGAGUGAGCCCCAGUCUCGCUAGGCAUCAAAGAAUUCAUACAGAGGAGAAACUCUAUCAGUGCAUGGAAUGUGGAAAGAGCUUCACUGAUAUAUCCUCUCUCACUUCCCAUCAAAUAAUUCAUACAGGAGAUAAACCCUAUCAGUGUGUGGAAUGUGGAAAAAGCUUCAGUCUGAACUCCUCUCUCACUAAGCAUCAAAGAAUUCAUACAGGAGAUAAAGCCUAUCAGUGUGUGGAAUGUGGAAAAAGCUUCAGUCUGAACUCCUCUCUCACUAAACAUCAAAGAAUUCAUACAGAGGAGAAACCGUAUCAGUGUGUGGAAUGUGGAAAGAGCUUCACCCAGCCCUCCAAUCUCACUUCCCAUCAGAGAAUUCAUACAGGGGAGAAACCGUAUCAGUGUGUGGAAUGUGGAAAGAGUUUCAGUCAGAGCUCCCAUCUCACUAACCACCAAAGAAUUCAUACAGGGGAGAAACCAUAUCAGUGUGUGGAAUGUGGAAAGAGCUUCAGUCACAGCAACAAUCUCACUUCCCAUCAAAGAAUUCAUGCAGGGGAGAAACCCUAUCAGUGUAUGGAAUGUGGAAAGAGCUUCAGUCAGAGCUCCCAUCUCACUAACCACCAAAGAAUUCAUACAGGGGAGAAACCAUAUCAGUGUGUGGAAUGUGGAAAGAGCUUCAGUCAGAGCUCCCAUCUCACUAACCACCAAAGAAUUCAUACAGGGGAGAAACCAUAUCAGUGUGUGGAAUGUGGAAAGAGCUUCAGUAAUAACUACUCUCUCACUUCCCAUCAAAUAAUUCAUACAGGGGAGAAACCAUAUCAGUGUGUGGAAUGUGGAAAGAGCUUUACUCACAGCCACAGUCUCACUUCCCAUCAAAGAAUUCAUACAGGGGAGAAACCCUAUCAGUGUGUGGAAUGUGGAAAGAGCUUCAGUCAGAGCUCCCAUCUCACUAACCACCAAAGAAUUCAUACAGGGGAGAAACCAUAUCAGUGUGUGGAAUGUGGAAAGAGCUUCAGUCAGAGCUCCCAACUCACUAACCAUCAAAUAAUUCAUACAGAGGAGAAACAAUAUCAGUGUGUGGAAUGUGGAAAGGGCUUUAGUCACAGCCACAGUCUCACUUCCCAUCAAAGAAUCCAUACAGGGGAGAAACCCUAUCAGUGUGUCGAAUGUGGGAAGAGCUUUAGUCACAGCCACAGUCUCACUUCCCAUCAAAGAAUCCAUACAGGGGAGAAACCAUAUCAGUGUGUGGAAUGUGGAAAGAGCUUUAGUCACAGCAACAGUCUUACUUCCCAUCAGAGAAUUCAUACAGGGGAGAAACCAUAUCAGUGUGUGGAAUGUGGAAAGAGCUUCAGUAAGAACUCCUCUCUCACUAACCACCAAAGAAUUCAUACAGGGGAGAAACCCUAUCAGUGUGUGGAAUGUGGAAAGAGCUUCAGUCAGAGCUCCUCUCUCAAUAACCAUCAAAGAAUUCAUACAGGGGAGAAACCCUAUCAGUGUGUCGAAUGUGGGAAGAGCUUUAGUCACAGCCACAGUCUCACUUCCCAUCAAAGAAUCCAUACAGGGGAGAAACCAUAUCAGUGUGUGGAAUGUGGAAAGAGCUUUAGUCACAGCAACAGUCUUACUUCCCAUCAGAGAAUUCAUACAGGGGAGAAACCAUAUCAGUGUGUGGAAUGUGGAAAGAGCUUCAGUAAGAACUCCUCUCUCACUAACCACCAAAGAAUUCAUACAGGGGAGAAACCCUAUCAGUGUGUGGAAUGUGGAAAGAGCUUCAGUCAGAGCUCCUCUCUCAAUAACCAUCAAAGAAUUCAUACAGGGGAGAAACCCUAUCAGUGUGUGGAAUGUGGAAAGAGCUUCAGUAAUAACUACUCUCUCACUUUCCAUCAAAGAGUUCAUACAGGGGAGAAACCCUAUCAGUGUGUGGAAUGUGGAAAGAGCUUCAGUCAGAGCUCCUCUCUCAAUAACCAUCAAAGAAUUCAUACAGGGGAGAAACCCUAUCAGUGUGUGGAAUGUGGAAAGAGCUUCAGUAAUAACUACUCUCUCACUUUCCAUCAAAGAGUUCAUACAGGGGAGAAACCCUAUCAGUGUGUGGAAUGUGGAAAGAGCUUCAGUCAGAGCUCCCAUCUCACUAACCAUUUAAGAAUUCAUACAGGGGAGAAACCAUAUCAGUGUGUGGAAUGUGGAAAGAGCUUCAGUAAGAACUCCUCUCUCACUUCCCAUCAAAGAAUUCAUACAGGGGAGAAACCAUAUCAGUGUGUGGAAUGUGGAAAGAGCUUCAGUUAUGGCUCCCAUCUCACUUCCCAUCAAAGAAUUCAUACAGGGGAGAAACCAUAUCAGUGUGUGGAAUGUGGAAAGAGCUUCAGUUAUGGCUCCCAUCUCACUUCCCAUCAAAGAAUUCAUACAGGGGAGAAACCCUAUCAGUGUGUGGAAUGUGGAAAAAGCUUCAGUCUGAACUCCUCUCUCACUAAGCAUCAAAUAAUUCAUACAGGGGAGAAACCCUAUCAGUGUGUGGAAUGUGGAAAGAGCUUCAGUCGGAGCAACACUCUAACUUCCCAUCAAAGAAGUCAUACAGGGGAGAAACCAUAUCUGUGUGUGGAAUGUGGAAAGAGCUUCAGUAAGCACUCCUCUCUCACUUUCCAUCAAAGAAUUCAUACAGGGGAGAAACCCCAUCAGUGUGUGGAAUGUGGAAAGAGCUUCAGUAAUAACUACUCUCUCACUUUCCAUCAAAGAGUUCAUACAGGGGAGAAACCCUAUCAGUGUGUGGAAUGUGGAAAGAGCUUCAUUCAGAGCUCCAAUCUCACUUCCCAUCAGAGAAUUCAUACAGGGGAGAAACCCUAUCAGUGCUUCGAAUGUGGAAAGAGCUUCAGUCAGAGCUCCUCUCUCAAUAACCAUCAAAGAAUUCAUACAGGGGAGAAACCCUAUCAGUGCAUGGAAUGUGGAAAGAGCUUCAGUCAGAGCUUGUCUCUCACUUCCCAUCAAAGACUUCAUGCAGGGGAGAAACCGUAUCAGUGUGUGGAAUGUGGAAAGAGCUUUACUUACAGCCGGAGUCUCACUACCCAUCAAAUAAUUCAUACAGGGGAGAAACCCUAUCAGUGUGUGGAAUGUGGAAAGAGCUUCAGUCAGAGCUCCCAUCUCACUUCCCAUAAAAGAAUCCAUACUAAUGUUGGAAAAACCAUUGUACAGCUUUAGGAGCCAGGCAAAUCAGCACCUUUUUAACCAGACCUUUGGAUGAUUGACAUCUAAUGCUCUUUUAAAAUGUGGUAUUUUGUGUUUUUGUGUUGUGUUAUUAUUUUGUAACCUUCCUGAGACCUCUAGGUGUAGGGAAUAGGUGGCAGCUCUUGAAGGCAUAAGGGUCUUCCCCCGAAUAAACAGUGUGUGGAAUGUGGAAUCCAUACAAAGGUCAGAAAAACCAGAUUACCAGAUUUUUUUCAAUGAAUCCAGGGACACUCUUUUGCAGCAGCCAAGGGGUUAAAAGACAGUAGCAUCUGGAUUAUUAGUAGGGAGCAAUCUUUUGUAAACAUAUGUAGUUUACAUGGCAACCAGAGCCAGGUUCCUUGGUUAUGGGUGAAGGGUGGGGAGGGGGAAAGAGAGAAGGGGAAGCAAAAUUAGGAUGGGAUAGUUGGAACUGAGGGAGGUGUGGGUCGGUAGGUGCCUGGGUUCAGGCCCCCCCUUUUCUUUUCUGGGAUUCCUGGAAGAGUAACCGAAAAGGAAGGAAGGAACAAAAUGGGGGGGUAGAGAGAGGUCGUCCCAGAAAAAGGCACAUGAGGAAUACAAACGGAUAGAUAACCAAAGCUAUUUUAAUAUGAACCUCCUCUAUUUUGGUGGGUGCGUGGGUUCAGGGCCCCCCUUUUCUUUUCUGGGAUUCCUGGAAGCGUCACCGAAAAGGAAGGAAGGAACAAAGGGGGGGGUAGAGAGGGGACAGAGAGUCAGGUCGUCCCAGAAAAAGGCACAUGAGGAAUACAAACGGAUAGAUAACGAAAGCUAUUAUAAUAUGAACCUCCCCUAUUUUCUGUCUGACGCUUUAAGUAGAGAAAAAUGCAAUAGGGAUACUGUGUGGGGAGAGGGUGGAGCCAUUUGGCAGAGUAUUAUUAUUUUUAUUUACAAGCGAGGAGGUGGGAGGAUGGUGUCUCCAUUGGUCGGGCAAUAAAAGCGCCCAGCCUUUAUGACUGCCAUCAGCGUUUCUUUCCUUGCAUCUGCACCCCUCUCAAAUUUGGACGUUUGGGAAGGAACAUCAUAAACCAUAUGCCGGCGCCCUCCACGUCUCCCCUCAGCCCUCGGGGCAAGGUUCCCGCCAAAGCACCAAUAAAGAAGUGGAAGCAGCAUCAGCAGCAAAUGGAGCAGGCGGAGGAGGAGGAGGGUGGGAGCGGGAGAGGGAAUGUUCCCGCUUGUCUAACAGCUGUCUAACCCAUAGCUGCCAAGUUUUCCGUUUUCUCGCGAGGAAGCCUAUUCAGCAUAAGGGAAAAUCCCUUUAAAAAAGGGAUAACUUGGCAGCUAUGGUCUAACCUGGCUGUCCACACUGGCAACAGCAGUGGCCACAGCGCCUCUUGCCGCUGGCAUCUUUGGCCAUGGACAGAUUGGUAAAACUGGGAACUGUCCCUGGGAACCAGGGACAUCUGAUAACCCUACAUUAUACAGCUUUAGGAGCCAGGCAAAUUGGCACCUUUUUAACAAGGCCUUUGGCUGAUUGACAUCUAAUGCCCUUUUAAAAUGUGGUGUUUUGUGCUUUGAUGUUGUAACCAUCCUGAGACAUGUAGGUGUAGGGAAUAGGCACCAACUAGGUGUCUUUGCCCCCCACCCAUAAAAUAUUUGAGAAGGCCACACACACACCUUUUUGUGUGUGUUUUUCCAAACGCAACCUUUUAUUCUUCCGCAACUUGCCAUACAAUUUGCCGUCUUAAAAAUAAAAAAAUAAACGCACACAGGAGUGGAAAAAAAGAUAUAACAAAGUUUAUAUGGAAUGGUAAGAGACCAAGAAUAAAGUACCAGCUGCUAACAGACAGGAAAGGGGGAGCGGGCAUAGUCUGGUUAAAGGAAUGGGUAACUUUGAAAAAUCCAGAAAUAUUAGACCUGGAAGGAGUGGAAAAUCGAUUUGGCUGGCACUCUUACCUACCCAGUACUUUACGAUAAGGUUAAGGUCCACAAAGGUUUCCUGAACCACUUAGUAAGAAAAUCAUUAUACCUGAUCUGGGUAAAAUACAAAGGAAUUUUGGAACCCAGGAUCCCUUCGUGGACAUCAUCAACAAACGUUAUAACAGUUAAGACACUAAAUAUGGAGAUAAAGAUCGCCACCUAUCAGGACUUAUUGGAAAAGAAACAAAAUGAGCUAAUAUUGAAAAAAUAUGAAGAGAGAAAAUAAUACCUUUCGGACUGGCUACAAUACUUUCAAAUCAAUCAUAGGUUUAAUCAGGAUAAAAAAAUGGGCAUUUCAAAGGAAAAAUCAAAAUUUGAAAAAGAACUAAUACAGAAUGAUGGGAAGUACAUUUCACGUAUUUCACAUAUUUAUGACCUGCUGUUGGAAUGGUGAAGUGGGCCCAAGACCUUGGCUACAAUGUCCUGAUGGAGCAAUGGGAAAGACUGUGGAGGGUGGAUUUAAAGUUUACCGCCUGUUAUAACUUAAUAGAAAACAUCUUUAAAAUGAUGCACAGGUGGUACCAAACACCAGAAAAGUUAGCCAAGAAGUAUAAAAAUAAAUCUAUGUGCUGGAGGUGCAAUGCGGAAAAAGGGUCUCUAAUACAUAUGUGGUGGAAUUGUCCGGAAAUAUGUAGGUACUGGAAUAACAUCUAUGAAGAUCUUUAAAAAAUGUUAAAAUGCACAUUUAGAAAAAGACCGGAAAUGUUUUUAUUAAAUAUAAUACCAGAGGAUAUUAAAACCACAAAAAGAAUAUUGUUAUUGUAUGGAAUUGUAGCGGCAAGAGUCCUGGUCGCCAGAAAUUGGGAAAACAAAAAUGCACCCAGCAUAAUGGAUUGGCAAACUUUAAUGAUAGAAUAUUUACAGUUAGCAAAAACCACUGGAAGAAUAAGAGGACAAACGAAACAAAAAAACACAGAAGGAAUGGAGGAUGUUUGAUGAGUAUUUAAAUAGUAGUGGUAUACCCAGAAUCCUAAUGGCAGACUAAAGUUGAACCUGACUUUCUUAAGGGGGGGGGGAUGUAGAUGUAAAUUCAGAAUUGUGUGAUAAAAUAAGGUUGAUAUGUAGAUUACAGAGAGAAUAAUUGGAAGUUUUCACAAAGAAGGUGUGGAUUGUACAUAUAGAGAUGUAAUGGUUUUCUUUUUGUCUUUUUUUUUUGUAUACAGAUUGUUUGUUUGUUUUCUAUAUUAGUAUCUUUCCUCCCCUUCUUUUUCUCUCUCUUUUUCUUUUAUUCUUUCCUUUUCUAUUUUCUUUUUGUAAAAUGUUAUGAAAGAGAAGAAGAAUAUGAAAUAUAUGCAUGUUGUACGUCUAUGUUUUUAAAGAAAGAAAUUAAUAAAACUUAUUGUUUUAAAAAAAGAUAUUUGUAUUUUUAUUUGUUAUAAAAUUCAAUAGCCACAGCCACAAUCUCACUUUCCAUCAAAGAAUUCAUACAGGGGAGAAACCCUAUCAGUGCUUUGAAUGUGGAAAGAGCUUCAGUCGGCGCUCCUCUCACUUCAUACAGGGGAGAAACUGUGUGUGGAAUGUAGAAAUAGCUUCAGUCACAGCCACAAUUUCACUUCCCAUCUAAGAAUUCAUACAGGGGAGAAACACUAUCAGUGCGUGGAAUGUCGGAAGACAGUGGUGUUCCUACCCCAGCUGUCACUAGAGCAUGCGCACUAGAGCGGAACCUGGGGUGGCAAAACCGGAGGGCGGGGUGUCGUGAUGUUGCACGCAUGCGUAUGACGCUGCGUUGUGGGAUAACCCCCCCCCCGAUUCCCAAGCCUCGCUCGGAGCAGCAGCGCCCAGAAAAAAGACUCGCUCGCCGCAGCGGCAACUAGCUUCCAGCUGCCGCGGCGGUAAUCGAGUCUUCUUACUAGCCUCCACCUCGCCGAGUGAGACUUGGGAGUUGCGGGGAGGGACCACCCCGCGAUGCAGCGUCGCAUGACGUCUGCGUAGACACGCGACGCUGACGUGUGAUGCUGCAUCACGGGAUGCCCCUGCCCCCGUUACUCCCAAGCCUCGAGUGGCGGAUGGCAGCCAGCAGCAUCGAGGCGGCCUCUCCGUGAUGGCGGCCACGUUGGCCGCCGUCGAUGGGUGCGGAAGGGCCAGGGCGCACUGCCCCCUGCAGAGUGGAGCUCGGGCGCACCCCCCCGCCCCCUGUUGUGUUGCCCCUGUUGAAAGAGCUUCGCUGAUAGCUCCAAACUCACUUCCCAUAAAAGAAUCCAUACAAAAGUUGGAAAAACCAUUAUACACCUUUAGGAGCCAGGCAAAUCAGCACCUUUUUAACCAGGCCUUUUGCUGUUUGACAUCUAAUGCCCUUUUAAAGUGUGGUGUUUUGUGUUUUUAUGGUUUUUUUUAUGUUGUAACCAUCCUGAGACACGGGGUAGGGAAUAGGCACCACCUCUUAAAGGCCUAGGGGUCUUUGCCCCCCCCCCAAUAAAAUCUUUAGGAGUCCACCCCCCCAGUUUUUGUGGGGGGUUUUUUCAAACGCAACCUUUUAUUCUUCUGCAACUUGCCAUACAAUUUCUCUUUCAAUUUGCCCUCUUUUUUUAAAAAAAAAAAACACACACACACAGGCCAUGAGGAAAACAAAAUACAAGAAAAUAUAAACGUGGG